CGAGGCGCGCCGCGCUCCAGCCGGACGUUGUUUUUUCUUCUAUUACUAUUUUUCAUCCGCUUCUCAGACUUCUUCUCUUCUUCUCUCUCUCUUCCUCUCUCCUUCUCUUCUCCGAUAUAUUACUUUUCCCCGUAAUCGAAAAUCAUUGGUAUUCUGCAUCGGAUAGAACGUGUCGAGAAAACUUCUGAUGGUGUGACAUACGAAAUUCGUGCAAACUCGAAGUCAACGCGUUUAUAUCAGGGUGAAAAAUGAUCGAUACGAUGUGUUCGUGGUAAAAAAAUUUCAAUUCGUUGAUCGUUGGUGAAAGAGAUAUAUAUAUAUAUCGAGAAGAUGAAGAUCAAGGAAGAAAAUCAUUAUGCGAAACGAAGCAUCGAAUAUUUCGGUUCUCGUUCAGCAACCGGGCUAUCGAAGAUCGAUUCGCAUCCCGAAGAUGACGUGCUUUUUGUAUCGAGCAAAGACAGCGAAAUUUCAAGCCUGUGGGUCAAUUAUCUCACCGCUUGUUUCGAGCAGAUCAGUAGGCAACAGGGCCGGCCGCCUUUCAAAGUUCGUCACGUGACAGUGGAAGAAUCGAUACAAGCCGGCACCGAGGAGAGGAUUCGAUCGGCGCGUUUGCAGAUCGUUGUCGUGUGUCCAAUAUUGUUGGAACGGAUUCAAAAUCGUUCGGAACACGCGACAAACCUCUCCAGACAAUUGAUCACCGACAAAGUGCUCGCGAUGAUGUUAGGUGUACACGAUAACCACAUCAGCGAGCUUCACAAAUCGAUUCUGGUCUCGUAUAAUCAGUGGAGGAAAUUCUUCGUGAAAGACCAGGACGAGACGUUUGUUGGUGAAUUAUUGGGUGCAGCUAUUGGAAUUCUUGGUACCACGCCACCUCCUGCAUUGAGAAGCGACAAAACGGCGUUUUCGGUUCAUCCGAAGAAAGUGAAGUUGGGCCACAAUCGGAUAAUAGCGUUGCUGAAUGAUCCCUUACGACCCGAGGAUAACGUGUCGGUGAUCGUGGAUCGUUGCGGCGAAGCGAUCGACAUCGCCCACGUGAAACGAAGGAAUCCCUACGCCUUGCAAUUCUCCAUUCCUGACAGAUGUUUGGAAGUGUCGAUGUUGGUCGGUGUUCGUAUAUCGAAGAACGGUUGUCCGUUGGGUGUGAGGCAGGUGAAGUGCGAGAGCAGGCUCAGGGAACUCGACCAGAUCCUCAGGGCUCACGACAAUCCCUUAGAAUUCAUGUGCCAGACAUUCGGCUUCAAUCCUGGUGACAGGGAACAAUUGGAUAAUUGGAUGGUCCACGCGUUUCAACGAAACGUUCCACCGCAUUUCAACCUCCUAUCCACACCCAGUGGAGUGGUCUCUGCUCAGAAAGUCCAUUCGAAAAGACUGGUUGGUCCCGAAGAAAAUCCGACGUUGCUACAUUUUGCCGCCCGUUUCGGUCUGGAACGAUUAGCUUGGCAAUUAUUGGAGUGUCCAGGCGGUGAUAUAGCAUGCGACCUGAGGAACGUGUCGGAACUCACUCCUGCAGAUCUUGCGGAGCAGGCGGGACACGCGAGACUUGCGCAUCAGCUUCGUGGCUACAUGCAAAUGAACGAGUUCACUAACAUGUACAGCUACUUGAAAGUGAUCAGCGAGACCACGACGGAUCAAGCGGCAAGUACGGAACCAUCAACGACUAACACAAUAAAUGAAACCAAUAACGACAAGGAAGAUUAUUGUCGUCCACGACCUUUGAGCGAAGCUUAUUCAGUACCACCGGCCGCAAGACCAAUAACGUCCAUAAUCUUGCCAGGUCAAUUACCAGUAACCACUAGUAACCCCAUUGAGGCGAAUUACUCGAUCGUACCAGCACCAACUCCAGUCAUCGUCAACCCAUCAACACCGACAUCGACGUCGACCAUUACGAAUGGCCUUGAACUUUCUCUUCAAGGUUACAUGAAAAUGCAUCCAGCUGGUUCCAAAACACCAACAUCGAAUAUACCAAAUCAGCAACCAUCCCGAACAGGGACGCCUACGCAGAAUCGUUCAGAUUCUCAUCCCAUGGUUGCUCGAGAGGAGAACAGUCAAUCUUCCUGCUCUUAUGGAAGAACGACUUCCAAUUGCAGCAGUGUGAAAUCGAGGGAGCCGUCCGGACCUCAGGACGAGUUAUUAGAGAUUAUAAAUGACUUCAAGAAUAACGUGUUCACGAUAACAGAAGUGGAGAGACUGGUUGAGAAUUGGAGGAAUCGUAACGACGUUCAGCAAAGCUUCAAAGACAAACAGAGACAGCUCACUGCGAUGAGAGAAGAGUAUGAAAGGAUACAGAAAAGAAUGAAAGAAGAGAUGAAGGCUCCAACACCUUUUGAUAGAAUUAAGAAAUUCUUUUCUAAAGGAAAGAAAGAUUCAAAAGAUUCUUCGAAUGGAAGUGACGAUUCUUCUUCAACCAGCAAAACAGAGAAUGUUAAUGGCGCACUGGCCGAUCGCAGACCAGUUAGUAGUUUGAGUCUGCGUAGCGUUUCAAGCUCCUCUUCCUCUGGUAGAAUGAGUACUGCUAGCGGAUGUAGCGGAACUAGUUUAGGCGACAGUGGAACUCAUUCUGAUACCGAGGACCGUCGGUUACAAAAUGUCAGAGAAGACAAACCGAGUGUGAUGUCGUAUGAAAUACCACCAACUCCAAAACCAUUCACUGGAAGAUAUUCACCGGCGCUUAGAUAUUCUCCCUCUCCUCGUUCCUCGACUGGAAAUGAUCUUGAUCUGAGACCAUCGCAGACAUCAUCAAGGACUGAGGAUACUGAAUAUUACAUCGCCUUUCCACCUUCGGGAUUACCCAUCCAUUCUUUCAAGACAGAGACUUCUCUGAAGGAACCAAAAACACCAAACUCCCCCUGUGAUCAUCCCAAGUACCUGGAUAUGAUACAAAAUUCAUCUCCAGCAACAACUGAUAUCUUAGAAUCAGACGCAUCUUCUAGACAUCCUGGCAACAGUUAUGCAAACAUAGACCCUACUACGUUGAACUCCGCGCCAGUGCCGCCAGCUGGCAUUCCUACAAAUUACGUGAACGUGAGACCCGCUUGCGUCACUUCGUUUCAAGAAACUAUCCAAGGUCACCAGAUCGAGAGACACUCGCUCGAAUCAAAUCACGUGUGCGAAACUUCAAAAAACUCGUUCAAGGUCGAGACAUCCAAUAAUGGGCAAAGUGAUCAAGAUCAUAUCAUGAAUGAAGCCCAAAGUAAAAAUAAUCAAGGUCAUGUUGCGAAUGAAGUCGAAAGUAAAAGCAAUGAGGAAUACGUGGAAACAAAUUUGAUGAAUAAUUCGGAGGACAUGGAUGUGCCAGAUAUCGGUAAACUACCGGAAUAUAUGAAUGUCGAUGUUCCUCAGGAUCACAAAGCCGAUAUAACGAACAUGCCUGCACCUCCCGUUCCACCAAGAGUCAUCGCAAAAAAAUAAAAG